AUGUACGCCUUUUGUUUUUUUGCUGUUUAUCCUUUGUAUGCAUAUUAUGAAAAUAUUCAUUUCUAUAUAACUAGCAAUUUCCGUUUCUUGGAUCGAUAUUAUACUGUAUUCAAUAAAUAUUUAAUAAAUUUUGUGAGAACCAAACUUAAAGAAUAUACAAGUGAUAUUCUGAUAAAAUAUGAACGCGAAGCGUACUUGAGUAUGAAAAAAUAUGGGUAUUUAGGUGAAGUUAUUGCUUCAAGACUAUCGUCUAAAGAUAAAAUUAUGAAUUAUUUGCACGAAACCAACGAGGAGACCAUGAGUAAUUUAAGAAGAUAUGAUAUGGAAAAUGCUUUCAAGAACAAAAUGGCUACUUAUGUAGAUGAUUUUGCUUUUUUUGACGAUUGUGGCAAAAACGAACAAUUUUUAAACGAAAGAUGCGAUUACUGUCCUGUGGUAGAAGAGGUGGAAGAAACGCAACUACAACCACAAUUACUCCCACAUACUGAUGAGACCACGAUGGUGUCGAAACCAACGAGUACCUAUAUUGAUGUUGAAAAAAUAGAAGAAACAGGUUCGGCAGAUAGUGACGAUGAUGAAAAAGAAUUUGACGAACCCGACGACGAAUUAAUGGUCGCCAGAUUUCACUAA